AAAUGAGUACUUGUACUUCGUUACUUCCUACCACUGCAUUUGAGACCAAUCUAGUACUGUUAUACAGUAUAAUAGUGAGAUGCAGCGCAGACUUGUAAAUGAUUAAUAUAAACAAAAAGUCAACGUAACUACAACAACACUGAUAAAUCUGAAAAAAUGCAGUCAGGAGAAGCGUACAAUGCAUUUUCCCCUCCGGCGAGGCGUGAUGCUGAGGUGAUGCAGAUGCAACCAGAAGAGGGUGCAGAGGAUCAUGUAGCUGCUGUCAGCAGAAGCGACUUGACUUCCAAAACUGAUGCUGCCCGCCUGCCUACUCGCGGUGGGAUUAACAGCCAGCGUGCCACCACCAUCCCGGAGAUAUUUAACAAUCCAUCAAAUUGGAAAAAUAGAGGAAACGCAGCCUGGUGCCUGCUUGUCCACAAGCACACAGUCUGCCUUGUAGGGUUGUUUCUUUGGAGACGCCAUCACAGGAAGCUCUUGUUAUGGCAAGGAAGGGCCUCCCUGCUGUUGAAGCUUCAAUCAGGAAAGAACGCAGCAAAAGGGGGUCUUUAUGAGCAAUUAGAUCACUUCUAUCAUUAGCAGACUGAGCUGUAAAUGUUUCGGCACCAGAGAACUCAGUAUGAAGAAGUCAGUCCGGCCUGUGGUGAGUAAGGUGAGUACUGAUCGAGGGAAGGCAGAGGCCGCCGCAUCUACCACUGGAAAGCCUGCAGCUAAGACCAACAGUGCCGCACCUCUGUCCAAGGUGAAAAGCAAUGAUGAUCUUUUAGCGGCAAUGGGUGGAGGGAAUCCUGCAUCAAGUAAUGCUGUUAGCAAAACUAAGAGAACUUCUUCAAUUGGGACCACUGCUAGCAGCGGUGACAACAAGCAAAAAGGAGUCGCGGGUUCCUCAACCAAGCGUAUGACAUCAUCAACCCCAAAGGAGCCAAAUUCUUCACGAGACCGUCUUCGGACAUCCAGGACAUCAGCUAAUAAAAAACAGCUGGUCUCAGGGACAGCGGCAGGCGAUGCAGCCUCAGGGAAGCGCUCUCGCAACCAGAUCCUGAGCGAGCCCGAGAGCCGUAUGAGCAAGUCAAGAUCCGAUGGCCAGAUCAGCGAUAAGGUGGCACUGGAGACAAAAGUCAACGACCUGCUAGGUCUUGCUAAGAGCAAAGAUGUGGAGAUUUUGCACCUUCGCAAUGAACUGAGAGACAUGAGGGUCCAGCUCGGCAUGGAAGGAAAAGACUCUCCUCCACAGGAAGGAGCAGAGGAAGGGGAGAAGGCACACGUCUCCGCCAUCACAGCAGCCGACGUAGAGUCCACGCUGCUUUUGUUACAAGAGCAGAACCAGGCCAUCAGAGAAGAGCUCAACCUAUUGAAAAGUGAAAAUCGAAUGCUCAAGGACCGUCUCAAUGCGCUGGGCUUUUCUCUAGAGCAGAGGCUGGAUGGCUCUGACAAGUUGAGCUACCCGUCGCUGAGUCCAGACUUGGCAGCAGGUAGUGGGCAGAGUGAGGGUGGAGCCACCCUGACUUCCUCAGCGGAGGGGUCGGCCCCCGGUUCCUUAGAGGAUCUGCUCACCGGUCACCAGCACGGCGGCUCGGCGGACAAUCUUGACAGCGAAUCCAGCGAGGUCUAUCAGGCCGUCACCUCCAGCGACGAUGCGCUGGACGCCCCCUCGGGAGCCUCUUCGUCCUCCGAAUGUGAGUCUGCUCCCAGCAGGGAGCGCUCACGGAGGGGCAGCAGCGGAAACGCCAGCGAGGUGUCAGUCGCCUGUCUCACAGAGCGCAUCCAUCAAAUGGAGGAGAACCAGCAUAGCACUUCCGAGGAGCUGCAGGCCACGUUGCAGGAGCUGGCCGACCUGCAGCAAAUCACCCAAGAGUUGAAUGGGGAGAACGAGCGGCUCGGCGAGGAGAAGGUCAUCCUCAUGGACUCGUUGUGCCAGCAGAGCGACAAGCUGGAGCUCUACGGUCGACAGAUCGAGUACCUGCGCUCUUUGCUGGACGAGCAUCAUAUCUCGUACGCGCUUGAGGAGGACAUCAAGAGCGGCCGCUACAUGGAGCUGGAGCAGCGCUACGCCGACCUGGCAGAUAACGCCCGCUUUGAGAGAGAGCAGCUGUUGGGGGUGCAGCAACACCUGUCCAACACCUUGAAGAUGGCCGAGCAGGACAACGCCGAAGCCCAAGAGGUUAUCGGAGCCCUGAAGGAGAGGAACCACCAAAUGGAGCGUGUCCUGGACUCGGAGCGACAAGAACGGGCGGCCAUGGCAGCUGCGCUUGACGAAUACAAAGCGGCAGUGAGCAGCGACCAGGCGGAGCUGAGCCGCUGCCGAGCCCAGUUGGACCAGGAGAGGCAGAGGGUUGCUGAGCUGUACUCGCUUCACACAGCAGGAGACAAAAAUGACAUCUGCCAGCUUUUGGAAAGUGCGCGACAGGGGAAGGAGGAGGCUGAGGCCAACGCUGCAAAAGUGCAGGAUGAGCUAGAACAAGCUCACAAUGACCUUGCCCUACUGCAGGACACUCUCAGUAAGCUCGACAGGGAAUAUCGAGAUUUCCAACAGCAGGUGCAGCAGCAGAUGGCUGAGCAAGCGCACGUCCUCGAGAAACAGCGUGUGGAGCUGCAGGAAAAGGAGACGGAGAUCGUCGACAUGAAGGAGACCAUCUUUGAGCUGGAAGACGAAGUGGAGCAGCACCGAGCUCUAAAGCUGCAUGACAACCUCAUCAUCACCGACCUUGAGAACUCUGUAAAGAAGCUGCAGGACCAGAAACACGACAUGGAACGAGAGAUAAAGAUCCUUCAUCGCAGACUCAGGGAGGAGUCGAUGGAGUGGCGUCAGUUCCAGGCAGACUUGCAGACGGCUGUGGUCAUUGCUAAUGAUAUCAAGUCAGAAGCACAGGAGGAGAUUGGAGACCUGCGACGCAGACUGCAGGAGACCUUGGAGAAGAAUGACAAGCUGAGCAAGGAGCUGGAUGAGGUCAAAAGCCGCAAGCAAGAGGAGGAGAGAGGCCGAGUAUAUAACUACAUGAACGCCGUGGAGAGGGACUUGGCUGCACUCAGACAGGGGAUGGGCCUGAGUCGUCGAUCUUCCACCUCCUCUGAGCCUUCGCCAACUGUCAAAACACUCAUCAAGAGCUUCGACAAUGCCUCGCAAACACCCCCACCCUCCAGUACUGCCACUGUGACUCCAACAGCGCCAGCCACCCCACUACCACGCACACCUCUCAGUCCUAGUCCGAUGAAGACUCCUCCGGCUGCCGCUGUAUCACCUAUACAGCGUCACACUGUAUCGACGUCACUGUCAGCUUCCAAGCCGCUAUCCUCCCUCGGUGACAAGAGGACCAGCUAUUCCGACAUCUCCAUGUCAUCUGAGCACCUCCUCAGAGGAGCCCCAACCAGUCGAUCACCUUCUGUCCUCCAGAGGGUCUCCAACAUGGAUUCCACCAAGACAAUUUCAGUAGUCUCCCGCCGGAGUAGUGAAGAGAUAAAGAGGGAUAUGGCAGCCCAGGACGGAGGCUCCUCAUCGUCACUGAUGGCCAUGAGUGCCGCCUCCUCUCCGCUCUCACUGCCUUCUUCCUCUCCCACGGCCUCAGUCACUCCCACGGCGCGCAGUCGUCUAAGAGAGGAACGAAAGGACCCGCUGUCUGCACUGGCCAGAGAAUAUGGAGGCUCCAAGAGAAACGCUCUGCUGAAGUGGUGCCAGAAGAAAACUGAAGGCUAUCAAAACAUUGACAUCACCAAUUUCAGCAGUAGCUGGAAUGAUGGGCUGGCAUUCUGUGCUGUGCUUCACACCUACUUGCCAGCCCACAUCCCUUAUCAAGAGCUGACCAGCCAAGACAAGAAGAGGAACUUCACCUUGGCGUUCCAGGCUGCAGAAAGUGUCGGGAUCAAAUGCACUUUAGACAUAAAUGAGAUGGUGCACACCGAGAGGCCAGACUGGCAGAGCGUCAUGACUUACGUCACAGCCAUCUACAAAUACUUUGAAACCUGACCAAAGUCUCCUGCUACUGGUUCUGCACCUCAACCCCAACAUCACAACCGUACCUCGCCCUGCCCUGCAUAGCAUGUUCAACAUCGUUUUCAGUAGCUAGCGACAGACCUCGACCUGAGAGGAAAGGCACACGAGUAUUGCUUGGAUGCAGUGUCAUGAUGAAGUCAACCAAGUAUAAACUGACUGCUGAUGCUGAAGAAACGCGCCUCAGUGCCUUCUACCUGGAUUUUUUUCUUUCACAAGCAAUUCAUUCUCUACUUUGCCCUGAUGUCUUCUCAUUAGCAGGCAACAAAACAAGUGUAAGGCCCUGUUUUGACAGUGAAUGCUUUUAGAAAACAAUUGUUACGGAUCUCUGACAUAUCAGUACAGUUUGAAUUCCCUCGAUUGUUUGAUGAGAGCUCAGGCCGUUUUUGUCUUUUUUUUUUUUGUUGCAAUGUUCCGGAUGUUCAUGUAUGCUUCAGAUGCCUUUGUUUGAGAGGAUCAAGUGCCUGUGUGAUGAUUGAUGCCUGAUACCAGCUCAGCUCCCCUGAGAGCCCAAGCUUGAACAGUGUCCUUUCACUACAGCAUGUGAAAAUGAAGAGCAGAAGUUGUCCAAUACUGUAUAACAUGUUGCAGAGCCUUUUUUUUAUUAUUAUUUGUUUAAUUUAUAAUGGUUGCCGUGUAGGAUGGGCUUCUGUCUCAUUUUGAAGCAUAAAAAAAAUCAAAACAAUAAGAGACAUUCAAGUGGCAAUUCUCUUGCUGUCCCCCCCCCCCAUUAUUAGGGUCAUGAAAUAUGCUAAUGUGUGGACUUUAUUCUAACAUUGACACUGCAUAAUGUUUAGUUGUGACCUUUGAGUUGUGAUGUGAAUGAUGAGAUUAACUGUGCUGAAAGUACUUAUGCAAGAUCGUGGUAACCUUGAUUGAACAUAAUGGGAAUAUAUUUUGAAUCUCAUUUUGGCCUUUUCUGUGUGGGGAUUUGAUGUUCUCCCUGCGCCUUGGUGGAUUUUGUCUGGGUGCCGACUUCCUUCCACCAGUUGUGAGCUGGGAUAUGCUUCAUGUUAUCCAAAAUCCCAAUGAGGCACACAUGAAGAAAAAUACAUGGAUGUAAGAAUUUACAAAAAAUUGGAUAUUGGCAAACUUGAAGGGCCAUUAAUAAGAAAAACAUUUCAAAAUUAAUUGAUCCCUGUAGAAAGUGUCCUUCUCUUCCCCAGAGGCAUUUUCUGAAAAUGUCCAGAAACUUUAUAUGAAUCUUUCUCCUAACCCACACAUUAAAUGUUUAGGUACCUGGGAAAACACAUGUAAAAAUGAAGUUAGAGCCAGAGGGUGUUUCAGCUAGUACAUAGCUUAACCACAUUAUUAAAACGGUAAGGAAACAAAGGAGUGCAAAGUUAUGAAAAUCCAAGGGGCAGUGACCCUGAUCUCAUUUGUGUUGUCGGCACAAAAUCACCAAUCCAACAACAUUUUCUUGAAGGUGUAGAAAGUAGCUGUUUGACUGUGCUCACUGAAAGCUAAGCUAAUAACUCAUUUUGAUGGAUAUAUUGUCUACGACUAGCUCAUUCAUACACCUUGAUGUUCGGCGUGUUGGAAAACAUUUUGUUUGUUGAACUUCCCACUGUGACUUAACAUUAUUCUUAAGAUGCUGAGUACACAUUGGUGUGGCAAUGAUGUCCAUUUCGCCUGCGACUUGGCUGCCGUGUGUCAAGUGUGCCUCAGUUUACAUGUUGAGUGUAUUUAUUUGGAUGUUUCCAAUCACUGUAUUAUUAUUUUUAUUGUAUUAUAUUUGUUGCAACUGCAUAGAUUUGUUACAUAUGAGGCUACACCAAUGGCAAACCAUUUGCGCAUUUGUCCUAAUGUCCCACCUUAGCAGUUAAGCUUUUGACCAUGUUUAACUAAACUUGCAGUUUUCUUUCGCCUUAGUGUGCAAAAUGGAUGACCGUGCCUCUGGGAGAAACACUAAUAAGGUCUUUUUGCAAGGCGCGUUGAUUUGAUCAGUGUGUUUGGUGUGCGUUACUGUACGCUGAUUUGGGUCGGAUGAAGCUGCCAGCAUUGUGUUUAUCUGGGAUGCUUUUGUAAAAUCCACAUCGCUGCCAUCUGUACAGCUGCAUUAUUCAUCCAGUCAUUUAGCACAAGCAACUUUUUAUGUACUAUGUAUGAAUAUGGAGUAUUUAAGUGCAUUUAAAAGCAUCAGGGGUUAUCGGCCAACACUUUAAUAGUGUGCUGGUAAAUUCCAUUGCUGAACUGUGUGUUAUUAUUCCCACUUGGGCUGUCCGGGAGCGACAGGAACAAUUAGAUCUUUCCUCUUGCUUUAAGCGAAAUACGUUUGGUCUUGCUUAUUUUCGACAACUGAUGAACAUUAAAUCCAGCCAGCAAGGGCGCUUUAUUCCACCUCCACAUGUUUCAGACACAAAAAAAAGAGAGCGUGAGAGAGACUUGAUAUCGCAGGGCCUUUUGUGUGUAAUGGCCUCGAGGAGUAGGAAAGCAAAUGUGAACAGUGCUUUAUUUCUUUACAGGAUCUGCAUCAUGUUUUGCUUGCCUUGGUUUACUUGAAAAUGCUCUGAGAAUUCCACUGAACCUACUUUAAGUUUUUUUUUUUUAAACUCCAUGUUUCCAAUAAAUCAAAUAUUUUCUUUUCCAGUUCAUACCUUA